AUGCACCUAAACCGAACUGUGGAGACCACUACAUCUUUCAAUGCUCGGAUUCAAGAAGUGGCCACCAAAAUUCGAGAACAGGAUGACAAAGCUCAACGUUCGAUGAAAGUUAGGGACGAUGGCGAACUCAACGUGUCAGCGCAGCAGGGAGAGAUAUUUUUAUUCAAGCCGACCCCUGAAUUCACAGCUCUGAACCGAGAGUACUUUACUCAAGUGUGGGUCACUACCCGGGAGGCAAUACCGGAUGUUGGCUUGCAGCCUGAGUUAUGGCCGGUUAUGCUACGCCUAGUCAAAGGCCGGCUGAUAAUCCCACGAGACCAUGUCGGAGUCAUAUCACCAAUCUGGGUCGACACCAAUACGAAAGAGGAAAUCGAUAUCAAGAUCGGCGAUUAUCACGUAUUUGAGAAUUUGCGACCGCACACUAUGAAGGUACUUUCUGGUGACGAGGAAGUCUCCAUUAGAAUAUCCGGCAACAUUCCUAUCAAUCUGAUCCUUCAUCCUAGGCCAAAGCUACCAUCACCAGAGAAGCCGACCACUUAG